AUGGUACGGGAACGGAAAUGCAUAUUGUGCAACAUUGUAUACGGCUCAAAAAAGGAGAUGGACGAACACAUGAGGAGCAUGUUGCAUCACAGGGAACUUGAGAACCUGAAGGGCAGGGACAGCAGUCAUGAGUGCCGGGUGUGCGGGGUCACAGAAGUGGGUCUAUCUGCAUAUGCAAAGCAUAUUUCUGGCCAGUUGCACAAAGAUAACAUUGAUGCCCAGGAAAGAGAAGAUGAUGGAAAGGGAGAAGAAGAAGAAGAAGAUUACUUUGACAAGGAACUCGUUCAGUUAAUAAAGCAAAGAAGAGAACAAAGUCGACAAGGUGAACCUUCCAGUGGCAGCCAAGAAAUAAAGUCUGAAGACAGGCAGCUCCAGCGGAGACGAGAAGACAGAAUUCCUUACCAGGACAGAGAAAGCUACAGCCAGCCAGCAUGGCACCACCGGGGCCCUCCUCAGCGGGAUUGGAAGUGGGAGAAAGAUGGCUUUAAUAAUUCUAGGAAGAACAGCUUUGCACAUUCUUUGCGGAAUGGUGCUGGACCAAGAGGGUGGCAUAAGGGUGUUGCAGGAGGCCCCUCAACUUGGUUUCAUAACCAUAGUAAUUCUGGAGGUGGUUGGCAUUCAAAUAAUGGAACAGUGGAUUGGAGUCACAAUGGUACAGGAAGGAAUUCCGGCUGGCAUUCUGAAGGAACAGGUGGCUUUUCCAGUUGGCAUGUGAACAGCAGUAACGGAAACUGGAAAUCCAAUGUACGCAGUUCAAAUAGUUGGAAUUACAGUAGCCCUGGAGACAAAUUUCAACCAGGCAGAAACAGAAAUUCUAACUGUCAGAUAGAAGACAUGGCUAAGCCAUGGAACAAGAAAUCCAAGUCAAACAAGUACAAUCAAGAGAGAUAUAAAUGGCAGCGGCAAGAAAAUGACAAAGUUAGUACAGUUGCCACAUACAGAGGUCCUUCUGAAGGAUAUACAAGUGAUAAAUUUUCUUCACAAAGCUUAUUUGACUUCAAUUUUGAGCAGCCAGAAAGCCAAACCUCUAAACAGACAGAGACUAUAGCUUCCAAAAUUGGCGGGAAGAACAGCAGUGUCGCAAGGGAAAAGCACCGUCGCUGGACUCCUUACCCGUCCCAGAAGGCUCUGGAUUUACAAUCGGCAAUUAAGGACAUUACUGGGAACAAGUCAGAAAUGAUAGAUAAGCCUUUCUUUGAUUUCACCUUAAUCCAAGGAACACAAGCGACCCAAAGGGAUGAAUCAAAUAAUUCCCCAACAUUGAAGACACAAAAAGAAACACAUACUGGAUCUCUUAAUCACAAAGCCACUUCUGACUGCAUUAUAGAAAAACCUGAGCAAGCGUAUAACUUAAAUAAGAUGCCAUCAUUAAAAUCCCCACUUCUUCCAAUUCCAGUCACUAAAUCAGUCCCUCUAAAGCAAGAUUCAAAGAAUCCCUCAAAAAACACCAAAGCGAAUUAUUUUUUUCCUGGAAAACAUUCAAACUCCUUAAACAAACACAAGGGGGAAGACAAUCAUGGCUCUUCUUACAGGUCCAAAUUGCAAAGUUCAUGUCCUCGUGUUUUAAAAGGGAAUAAAAACAGAUUUGGCACUCAGAGGGAAUCUGAUGAAAAUUUAAGUAAUACUCUACAAAAAGCCAAAGAGGUGCUACAGUUUCCUGGGUCAUUGCAAGAUCCACUUCCUGGCACUUCUAAAAGGACCAGGAACUAUGAGAAAGCAAGUAGGAAUGUAGAAGAGUCCGAAAAAGGAUCUUUGAAGAUUGAGUUUCAAGUACACUCGUUAGAAGAUGAGAGUGAUGGAGAAAUAUCUGAGGUGGAAAAGCAUGGAACACAAAUUGGAACCCUGGAUUCUGCAACGACAGAAGUCUUAUCCUGCAGCACUCAAAAUGCUGACGAGGAGGAGGGAGAGCGCCAAAACCUGAAAACACCUGGAAAACUGUCCACGUCAGUAGUUCACCAGAAGGAAUCUGAGUUACAAAUGACAUCUGUAGCCAGUCCACACUCUCGUUUACUACUAGACUUAAAAGCCUCUCUAGAAGGUGGACAGGUUGAUGAGUCUGUAAAAUCUCAUGUAUCUUAUGAGACGGAGGGCUUUGAGAGUCCUAGCUUGGCUGCAGAGCUCCAAAAGAGCGAUAUAACUCAGCCCUCAGGCCUGCUCCUGCCCGAACUAAGUAAGCUGGGCUUUCCUGCAUCACUCCAAAGAGAUCUCACCCGGCACAUUAGUUUGAAGAGCAAAACUGGAGCGCACCUUCCUGAGCCAAACCUCAACAGUGCUCGCCGCAUUCGCAAUAUCAGUGGCCAUCGGAAGAGUGACACAGAGAAGGAAUCUGGGCUCAAGCCGACCCUGCGGCAGAUUCUGAAUGCAUCUCGGAGAAAUGUCAACUGGGAACAGGUCAUUCAUCAAGUAACCAAGAAAAAGCAAGAGCUAGGCAAAGGCUUACCCAGGUUUGGCAUAGAAAUGGUGCCUCUGGUUCAAAAUGAGCAAGAGGUCUUGGAUUUGGAUGAGGAACCUGACCUGUCCACUCUAGAAGGAUUCCAGUGGGAAGAUGUGUCCAUUUCUUCGUCUCCUGGAUUGGCGAGGAAGCGAAGCCUUUCUGAGAGCAGUGUGAUCAUGGACAGGGCGCCUGUGUAUGGCUUCUUCACUGAGGAGGGUGCAGGCAAAGAAAAUGAGCCCCAGCGGAUUUUUUCACCUACUAACUCACUGAGGGCUGCACAGAGUCAGAAGUCAACCGGGGGCCUUAAGCAGGAGGUGGCUCCUCUGGCUGCCUCGCUAAGAACAGGGGAAAGGGCGGAAAAUGUUGCUCCUCGAAGGCGGCACAGCGCACAGUUACCCUCUGACUGUGCAAAGUCUUUGAUGCAUUUGACAAAAGACCUGACCAGCCAGGCGAGUUCUGGACCACCUUCAGAGAAUCCGAGCGCCAAGGAGAGUAACGGGGAAGGAAACUCUUUGUCAUCGUAUGCAUCCUCAGCUCUCGCAGGCUCCAGUUUGGCAGAUGCAGGCACAGAUAGUAGCUGUACCUCUGGUGCUGAACAAAAUGACGGUCAGAACGUUAGAAAGAAACGAAGAGCCACUGGAGAUGGAUCUUCUCCUGAACUCCCAAGUCUUGAGAGAAAAAAUAAAAGAAGGAAAAUUAAAGGAAAGAAAGAACGUUCUCAGGUCGACCAGCUGCUGAAUAUUUCUUUAAGGGAGGAAGAACUAAGCAAGUCGUUGCAGUGCAUGGAUAACAACCUUCUGCAAGCCCGGACAGCACUUCAGACAGCUUACGUUGAAGUUCAGAGGCUUCUUAUGCUCAAGCAGCAGAUAACUAUGGAGAUGAGUGCACUGAGGACACAUAGAAUACAGAUUCUACAGGGAUUGCAAGAAACAUAUGAACCUUCUGAACGCCCAUACCAGCUUCCCUGUAGCCUUACUCGAGAACAGAGAAGCAGUAGAUCGCAAACAUCUGCUGAUGCCACGCUGCUGCCUACUCCCUUCUUCCCAGUUUUCCUAGAGCCUCCAUCAUCCACAGGAGUCCCUUGCCAAGUACCCACAUCUCCCACUUUCCAAGCCCAUGGCGGUGUUCCUGCUCCGGACUCAUCGAUUCAGAUUAAACAAGAACCUAUGUCUUCUGAACAAGAAGAUAAUGUGGCUGCUGUGUCACAAGGCUCUCCUUGCAAUGUGUCCAAGGAAUUACUGCAAGGAGAGGUCAGUGACCGGCGUCCAGUUGAUGCAUCCCUCACGGCACCGCUGUCCUUGUCAGAGCUAACAGGAAAUCUCCAUGAGCCCAGCCAGGAACUGAGGCUUUCUGUGCAGCAAGGAAGCACCAGAAACGGGGAACAUGCUCUCUCUUCCCAGUCAGCUGGUCUUCCUGGCAUAAAUAAAGGCGGCGAAGAGCCAAGCAAAGGCAACAGCGGGUCUGAAGCCUGUACCAGUUCUUUCCCGAGGUUGGUCUUUGCCUCAGAGACCCCGUUAGAGAAGGAGCCCCUCUCUCCCGCUGACCAGCCUGAACAAGCAGAGUCUACUCUGACAUCGGCUGAAACGCGGGGGAACAAGAAAAAGAAGAAACUGAGGAAGAAGAAAACUCUGCGAGCCGCCCAUGUUCCUGAGAACAGUGACACCGAACAGGAUGUCUUCACUGCCAAACCUGUGAGGAAAGCAAAGACUGGAAAGUCAACCAAAGGAGGGAAAGUAACAACCUCCACCUGGGAAGACAGCAGAACUGGGCUCGAACAGGAGAGCGUCAGGGAUGAGCCAGAGAGUGACUCCUCCCUGGAAGUCCUAGAACUGCCUAACCCUCAGCUAGAAGUGGUGGCCAUUGAUUCCUCUGACUCUGGAGAGGAGAAGCCAGACAGCCCAUCCAAGAAGGAUAUCUGGAACUGCACAGAGCAACAUUCGUUAGAAACGUCUCGUUCUGGCUGUGAUGAAGUUAGCUCUACCAGUGAGAUUGGCACCCGCUAUAAAGACGGUAUCCCUGUAAGUGUGGCAGAAACUCAGACCGUGAUCUCCUCCAUAAAAGGAUCGAAGAACUCUUCAGAAAUAUCUUCAGAGCCAGGAGAUGAUGACGAGCCCACAGAAGGGAGUUUUGAGGGGCACCAAGCUGCAGUGAAUGCAAUUCAGAUAUUUGGGAAUUUACUGUAUACCUGUUCAGCAGAUAAAACCGUGCGAGCUUAUAAUCUGGUGAGUCGGAAAUGCAUUGGUGCCUUUGAGGGCCAUACUUCGAAAGUGAACUGCCUCCUGGUUACUCAGACCCCAGGGAAGAGCGCCGCCCUUUACACUGGCUCCAGUGAUCACAUCGUUCGCUGCUAUAAUGUGAAGACGCGAGAGUGUAUGGAGCAGCUACAGCUGGACGACCGCGUCCUCUGCCUUCACAGCAGAUGGCGAAUCCUCUACGCAGGACUAGCAAACGGCACUGUGGUCACCUUCAACAUAGAGAACAACAAACAACUGGAAAUCUUUGAAUGCCAUGGCCCUCGGGCAGUUAGCUGUCUAGCCACAGCUCAGGAAGGGGCCCGAAAGCUGCUGGUUGUGGGGUCUUAUGACUGUACCAUUAGUGUACGCGAUGCGCGGAACGGACUCCUCCUCAGAACUCUGGAGGGCCACAGCAAAACCAUUCUCUGCAUGAAGGUGGUGAAUGACCUUGUGUUCAGCGGCUCCAGUGACCAGUCAGUCCAUGCCCACAACAUUCAUACUGGGGAGCUCGUGCGGAUCUAUAAAGGUCACAAUCAUGCAGUGACUGUGGUGAACAUCCUAGGAAAAGUGAUGGUGACUGCUUGCCUGGAUAAAUUUGUUCGUGUCUACGAAUUACAGUCCCAUGAUCGAUUGCAAGUUUAUGGAGGACACAAAGACAUGAUUAUGUGUAUGACCAUUCAUAAAAGUAUGAUUUACACUGGCUGUUACGAUGGCAGUAUUCAGGCCGUGAGGCUAAAUCUGAUGCAGAAUUACCGCUGCUGGUGGCAUGGUUGCUCUCUGAUAUUUGGCGUUGUAGAUCACUUAAAACAACAUUUGCUGACUGACCAUACAAACCCAAACUUUCAGACUCUGAAAUGUCGCUGGAAGAACUGUGAUGCUUUUUUCACUGCUAGGAAAGGAUCCAAACAGGAUGCUACAGGACACAUCGGGCGACAUGCUGAGGAUGACAGUAAAGUUGAUUCAUGA